AUGGCAAUAUUUCGAAUUCCAGUGAUGUCAUGCUUAGUAGCAGCCUACGUGACUGUGUCCAUACUACUGCCUACGCUGCUGCGCUCGAAACUUCAACUUCAUUAUCUGCACAUGUUCGGAUUUUUUUAUACCGAGGGGGGUCAGCAAACCGACAGGGUGUGUGUUCACCUGGUGCUAGUGAGUGUGAUGGGUCAGAUUACGUUAGCAGGUACGGAAUCGUCACUCGCUGUUUUCAGCGCCUAUUUCUGUGGACUGUUCGACAUUGCCAGUUACCGAAUACGAGGUGCAGUGAACAAGAUGGUGAACUCGGUUACGUUGGAGCUAAUAGACAUACAAUCAGCCAUCGAAGUGCAUCAACGGGCUCUUGAAUCGGUCAGCAAACGUCCUCCAAAUUGAUCGUAACUUAUUUCGUCUCAUACGAUUCCUAACUUUCGCCCAAUUUCGAACGGAAACAAAUUAUGUGUCGAUAACACCGAAUGAAAUGCAUCGUAAUAAAACCGCAACAUUUUGUUAGUAUUCAGCCAUUAUGAUCUCAAACACACGCAAACGGUCAGCAUGUAAAAUGAUCGUAGAUUUGAUAUAAUAAAGGAUUUAUAAUACGA